AAGGCAUGUAACUCGAUUCUUUAGAAUCGCCAUGGUUUCAUGUGUAAACGAUCAGUGCGGAAAGUCACUUGUGCUCCUCUUCAUUACCAUGUCGGACUGUCGCGGAACUGUUUCUCGUGCCGUGUGGGAUAAAUGGCAGCACACAACUAUUUCAAUCUUGUAGAAAAUGGGCGAAGGACCAUUCAAAUUCGUACACAGGAUUAGGAAACCUGACGGUGUGGCACAGCACACAUGAAGCACUGCUCGUAGUUCCCUCGCUAGGAGCGCGCAAGAGAUCAUUCAUCAUGCUCACUCUCCGAAUGCCCAAUUUACUCGUUCUUCUCACGUUGGUUCUCGUUCUGCUGUCUGCUCCUUUCCAAGCGGCAGCGGAAAAGCCCAAGCGACCCCCACCAACUCAGCUGCAAAUUGGAAUCAAAAAACGUGUUCCAAAAGAAGAUUGCAAAGAAACAGCGGCCGCUGGAGACGUCCUUUCUAUGCACUACACUGGAACCCUCUAUGACACUGGCGAAAAGUUUGAUUCCUCGUUAGACCGGAACCAGCCGUUUGAUUUCACUCUUGGACAGGGACAUGUCAUCAAAGGAUGGGACCAAGGUCUGGUUGGCAUGUGCGUUGGAGAAAAGAGGCGGCUGGUUAUUCCCGCACACUUAGGAUAUGGUGAUCGCGGUGCGGGAGACAAGAUCCCGGCAGGCGCUACUCUUGUUUUUGAAACGGAAUUGUUGAAUAUCAAGAAGACAGUGUGGGGCAACCGUCCAAGUAGUGAGCUGUAGACGGAAGCUUGGGACAUCACGACUAUAUUUCUGUGGUAUACAGCCAGAGUAUGUACCAAGUAAAUUACUCCUGCAAACAAGCAUAGAAAUGUGAAAGCUGCAGCGAUAUCCGAAAAUCAUGCAUGACAUCUCGCUUGAAAGGACCGCAAAUCGUGUAAGAAAAUCAUCUAUUCUUUUAAUCAUAGAUCCGCGGCAAUUAUUCAAUGUCCCCAUGCAGCGGCAAAGAUUCAUUGCCCUUUGCAAGUUGUAUUUUCGUCUAUUGGUAAUUCCAUAGUUAUAUGUGAAAUACUGGCGUUUGAUCCCUAACUUGAUCGCAAGUUUGGUUAUGUGAGU